AUGGUUACAAAAUCUUUCAAAACUAUCCCUCACAACCUCUUGACACGCUGGACUGGAAGUGUUACUGGGGAGAAAGUGGGAAAGACACAGAAAGCUGACUGUCAAAAACCAUCAGCUUUUAUUCUGACAUCUUGUGCUGAAGAAUGGCAUCGUCAACUUUACAGAUCAUUGCAUUUAUUUUGAGUUUUCUGGGUCUCAUGCUUUUACAUGCCGCCACUGUUUCCAACUAUUGGAAACAUUCUACUCCAGCAAAAGAUAUAAUUACUUCAAGUUGGAUUAGUGAAGGUCUCUGGAGGAGUUGUGCGGCUACAUCUUAUGGAUCCGUUCAGUGCAAGACAUUUUCCUCCCUGCUAAGUUUGGAAAUUUAUAUCCAAGUAUGCCGAGCCCUGAUGAUCAUCUCCCUCAUCUUAGGCAUGUGUGGUGUUUUGUUGAGCUUGCUUGGUUUGAAGUGCACUCAACUUGGCUCUACUAGUGAAAAUGCGAAGAUAAAGAUUUCCAUAACAGGUGGAAUGAUGUUCAUUUUAGGAGGUCUGUCAUCAGUUAUUGCUGUUUCAUGGUAUGCAGCACUGGUCACAGCUCAAUUUUUUGAUUCAUUAUAUGGUGGAACCAAAUAUGAAUUGGGAACUGCAUUGUUCGUAGGUUGGGCUGGUUCCCUGCUUUCUAUACUUGGUGGGGUCUUACUGACAUGUUCAGGAUGCAAAGAAAAGCACAGAAACCCAAAAUAUGAUUAUUCUGCUGCCCAGCGAACCAACAAAUCUCGUAUUUACAUCAAAAAGUCGGAGACGGUCAUGCCUGUCCAAGACUACGUUUAGUUGUAUUAAUAUUUUCCCUUUCCCAGCUCAUUAGGAACUCUCCCUUCCAAACUAUGUUUUAUUUUAGACAGACAUUUUUCAUUUUAGUACUGAAUAUUAUGGUAUGUGUAUCAUUUCCUUCUGGGAAUAAUCAAAACCACAGUGUGGAUAUGUGUGAGGACAAGGCUUUAAAAAACAGGAAAGCCAUAAUUGCAUUCCUCAAGCCCAAGGAUCCUUCUUUCUCUUUUGUUUUUUAAACUUUUUCUUGCACUAGAAUACUAAAAACAUAUUAUCAUUUUAGGAGUAAAAUUGUUUAGAAUUUGCCACCAGAACAUUUAGCAAACUGGUUAUUGAUGAGCAAUUUUUGAGGAAAGAGUAAAUCCUCCCAACAAA